AUGGAUCGCGUAUUCACACCUUUUGCCAGCCGACGAAGCGUUGUGCAUAGUCUCAAUGGUAUCGUUGCUUGUACUCAACCUCUCGCGGCUGUUGCUGGACAGAAUAUCCUCAGACAAGGAGGGAACGCUGCAGACGCCGCAGUAGCCAUAGCCGCCUGCCUUAAUGUCACGGAGCCAUGGUCCACCGGGAUUGGAGGAGACAUGUUCUGUCUGUUUUAUAACGGCAAGACGAAGAAGAUCCAGGCGCUGAAUGGAUCCGGACGCGCCCCUGCAAGCAUCACCCUGGAAGAAGUACGACGGAAGUUGAACCUGUCCGAGACCGAGGAGGGGAGUAUCCCGUUGACGAGCGUGUUUGCCGUCACCACUCCCGGGGCAGCGGCCGGGUGGGUAGAUACAGUCGAGAAAUUUGGCAGUGGGAAGCUUUCUUUGAGACAGAUCUUGGAUCCUGCUAUUGUGCUAGCUGAGAAGGGGUUUCCAGCCUCGGAAAUAUCUUCACACUACUGGCGAGCCAACGAAGGCUUCCUGCGUAAAGCAUCGCCGAAUUUCCGAGAAAUGCUCAAAGAAGACGUUGCGGCAGAGGAGGGCGUCAGAGCCCCGCUGCCAGGGGAGAUCAUGAGGAUCCCAACUCUCGCCAACACGUUCCGCCGCCUGGCCAGCCAUGGAAAGAAAGGAUUCUACGAUGGCCCCGUGGCCGAGGCAACUGCCCAGAUCAUGCACGAGCUCGGGGGCUAUCUCACCCUGGAGGAUCUGCAAUACCACGCCGCAAAGGGCAGCCAGGAGGGAAGCCCGAUAUCCCUGCGAUUCACCACCGCCAGCCACAGCGUCGAUGUAUGGGAACAUGCCCCAAACGGCCAGGGGAUCAUCGCCCUGAUGACGCUAGGCAUCAUCCAACAACUGCAGGAAUCAGGCCAGAUCCCACCGUUGACCGAGACCACCUUCCCACACAACUCAGCAGAGUACCUGCACCUCCUCAUCGAGAGUCUCCGGAUCGCCUUUGCAGAUGGAACGUGGUGGAUUGCCGACCCAGACCACUCGCCAACCCCGGACCUCCUGUCGUCGUCGUACCUUGCCUCGCGGGCCAACCUAUUUGACCCUUUCCAUGCCUCCCCGAUCAUCCACCACGGCAACCGUAGCCCAGCCCUCAACUCCUGCGACACAGUAUACUUUGCCGUCACUGAUGCGGCGGGCAACGCCAUCUCCUUUAUCAACAGUACCUACCACGGGUUCGGCAGCGCCAUCAUCCCUCCAAACUGCGGGUUCACCAUCCAAAGCCGCGGGGCCAAUUUCUCCCUGACACGCGGGCAUCCGAACGUCCUCGCCCCGCGAAAGCGACCAUACCACACUAUCAUCCCCGCCAUGACGACACACGCACAAGACGGAUCCCUCCAUUCCGUGUUCGGGGUCAUGGGCGCCUUCAUGCAACCACAGGGCCACGUGCAGGUGCUACUCAACCAGCUCGUCUUCGGUAUGAAUCCCCAGGUUGCACUUGAUGCACCUCGGAUCUGUGUAGGUGUGGGUUCUUCUUCUUCAGAAGCCACCCAGGUAUAUAUCGAGGAAGGAAUCGCUCAGGAGACAAUCGACGGCUUGGUACAAAGGGGGCAUAAUAUCACUGUUCUGACCGGGUGGGAUCGUGAUAUCUUUGGACGGGGGCAGAUCAUUCGUCGGCAGGGAGACGUACAUAGUGCUGGGAGUGAUGGGAGGGGAGAUGGUAUGGCUGUUCCUGUAGACUAG